UAAGCCUAACAGAGCCUCUGUGUGAUAGAGAUCCCAAAAUGGCAGCCUCCAUGUUACAAAAAUUUCAAGGUACUCUGGUAGGAGCUAUUGUUGGUGACUGUAUCGGUUCUGUUUUUGAAGGACUGUCGUGGGCUUCGGUUGUAGGCACAGAAAAAGUUGUUAAAUUGGUGGAAAAAAUAGAAGAUGAUCACAAAAACAGUGAAGAGGGAACUGCUAAGAAACAAAAAAAGGAUUUUUAUGAGUUCACAGAUGAUUCUGCCAUGGCACGCAGUGUUGCUAAAUCACUUAUACAGAACAACGGCCUUGAUGUGAAAGAUAUGGCAAAAAGAUUCACAAGAGAAUAUUUAAGAGAGAGUGACCGUGGAUAUGGUGGCAGUGUUACAACAGUAUUUCAUGCCCUUGCAGACUCAAAUUAUGAGGAUGUGUUUCAACCAGCCAAGGACCAGUUUGAGGGUCAGGGGUCAUAUGGUAAUGGCGGAUCUAUGAGGAUAUGUCCAGCAGGCCUGUUUGCAGAAAAGAAAAACCUAGACUUCAAUCAGUUAAGGGAUUUAACCGAGAAGAUUACACUGCUCACACAUUCCCAUGUUCAGGCCAUUCAUGGGGCUAUAUUACAAAGUUACGCUGUGCAGCUGGCAUUGAGAACAACAACGCUGGACAUUGAUUCAUUUCUUCAGGAACUGAUCAGUAAAAUGCAGGUUUUAGAACAGGAAGCAUUGCAAGAGAAACAGAAACGUAAGGCAGAGAUGGCUGAAAAAGAAGAGCAAGUGGAAGCUGCAGAAAAAAGUGAGUCAAAAAGUGAAGAGGAAGAGAAAGAGCCAGAUUACCCGUACUGUGCCAAACUGGCCAAAAUAAGAGACUUUGUUAGAAGGGAGGAGUUACCUGAUCCUAAUGAAAUUCGGGAUGAGCUGGGUGUAUAUAUAGCAGCACUGGAUUCAGUUCCUGCAGCAAUUUAUUGCUUCCUCAGAGCAUCCAAGCCAAUAGAAGAACUAAAGGACCGCAAUGCGUUUGAGAGAACUAUAAUGUAUGCAAUUUCCCUUGGUGGUGACACUGAUACUGUAGCAACUAUGGCAGGGUCAAUAGCUGGAGCACACUAUGGCCUUGACCUUAUUCCGUCGUCAUGGCAACUGUGUUGUGAAGGUCGUUUAGAUGCAAUGAAAGAUGCUGAACAGUUAUUUAACUUGACAUAAAUUUGAACAUUUUGUUAUGAUGUUACCUACAGUGAAUACAAACAAUUGAACAUAAGUAGAGUUGUUGACAUUUUAUGUGAAACAGCAACUUAUUUUCUGUUGCAUUCUAUUUAUAGCACUCAAGUAGCUUGGACAUUCAUCUUGCAACAUCUAUUUCAGCUGUAAAUUCCAAGUAUUAAAACAGCAUAAACAGUACAAAAAUUGCAAGGUAUAUAUAAUGCUACUGUAAGUUUGGAAAUAUUUUAGAUUUUUAAUUAAUGCUAAUUUUUGCGAACUCAUUGCAUAUAGGAAUUCAAGAAAAUCUUGAAUAUUUUCUUUCAGUUUCCAUCAUUUUACUGUAGUUUACUGUUCCUGCAUAUCUGGAAGUAUGUUCAUCUGAACUUAAUAUAAUUUUUCUAAGAAUACAAUACAAUGAUUAAUUCAUUGAAUGCUGUUAAAUAAAAUACUAGAAAUGAGCCGCGCCAUGAGAAAACCAACAUAGUGCAUUUGCGACCAGCAUGGAUCCAGACCAGCUUGCACAUCCGCGCAGUCUGGUCAGGAUCCAUGCUGUUCGCUUUCAAAGCCUAUUGCAAUUAGAGAAACCGUUAGCAGACAGCAUGGUACCUGACCAGACUGCACAGAUGCGCUUUCAAAGCCUAUUGCAAUUAGAGAAACCGUUAGCAGACAACAUGGAUUUUGACCAGACUGCGCAGAUGCUGGUCGCAAAGCAACUUUGUUGGUUUUCUCAUGGUGCAGCUUAAAUAUUGAUUUUGAGUAAGAAAAUAUUGCUAAUGGUUUGAUUUGAUUUUACAGUAUCGAGAAAAGUUGGGACACUGGAAAUGCCGAUAUACAGAAAUCACCAACAUUUUCCAGCCAUUUCACAGGCUUCUGCUUGUGAAUUCAUAACUUUGUGAAAUUGUCCCUUGGGUAUAAAAAUAGCAAUAUUUUCAACACGUAAAAAUGUUCCAGUUUACAGUUUUUAGAUACUUAACAGAUUAUUAAUGAUUUUAUUUAUGUUUUGAUGUGAUACUCUUACAUGUGAUUUAAUUGUGCUAUGUAUAUACAUUAUUCAAGAAAUGUUUGCAUGGAAAAUAAGUAAAUUAUUUAUGGUGGUAGGAUACCUAUUUUUGUAUAUAUAUACUGUAUUGUUUGUUGGGUUAAGCACUAUUUUUCAUCAGUUAUAUAACAGCUGGCAGCUAACAUAACUAAUGUUUCUGAAUUUCGUUCUAAGUUCUAACCUGAACUCCACAAAUAACUGUCAACUUCUCCCCACGAAGCAGAGAUGUACUCCACAAAUAACUGUCGAUAUCUCUGCACGAAGCAGAGAUGGAGGACCAAAUGAUUUCAGAUACAGUGUCUUUGAUCAAAUCAUUACAGAGAAUAUAAACUUUGCCUGGGGAUUCAACUCACAGCCUUCUGACCUGUAGAUAUGUGCUGUCCCUAUGAGUCUAAGAAUCUAAGCUCAUUGUUUUGUAAUCUGUCUAAACAAGGCAGAGCGGAAAUAUAUGAUUCUACACAGUACAUUUAUGUUCUUUUGUUUUGGCUUGAUUUAAUAGACACCAAAGGUUCUGGGUGAGCUAUUGUGGUGAGUUCUUGUCUUGUCUUCUGGCAUCUGUCAUUUGGCAUUAGUUUUACCUGUAAACAACUUCUUCUUAUGAAAUAUCUGAUGGAACAUCACCAAACUUGGUAUUUAGCAUUCUUCUAAGGUUUUCUGUCAAAAUUGUUCAAAUGGUUCUGCUAGACAGAUUUAAGGGCCGCAUGGGCUGAAAAAAGUGAAAACCUUUGAACAACUUCUCAUGAAAUGCCCAAUGGAUCAUCACCAAACUUAGUCCGUAGCAUCCUUGUAAGGUCCUCUUUCAAAUUUAUACAUAUGAUUAUGCUUGACUGAUUUUUGGGGCCACAAGAGCUAAAAAUAAAAAAAUAUUUAAACAGCUUUUUCUCAUGAACCGCAUGAUGGAUCAUCACCAAACAUGGUUGUAGCAUCCUUAUACCUAAGGUCAUAUUCCAGGUUUUUUCAAGUUGUCCUGCUUGACUGAUUUAUGGGCUGCCAAAGCUAAAAAUUAGGGAUGGCAACAAAUAGCAUUUUGGUAUCGCAUUAUUCGAUCAACCUUCUAAACUAAUAUUCAAAUUUGAUAAUCAACAAAACAACUCAAAAUCUUACUUGUUUAUUAUGUCCUAAUCAGUGACAUGCGUCAAUUCUACUGUCAUUUUCAGCGGAAAUACUUUAGUCAGUGACAAAUAAAGACUUACUGUUCUCAU